AUGGAUGUGAAAAAUGCAUUCCUACAAGGAAAACUUAAAGAUGAAGUGUAUAUGCACCCUCCUCCUGUUCUAGGACAUCUAGUUAAUCCAGGGAAUGUGUUGAGAUUGAAGAAGGCAAUCUAUAGAUUAAAGCAGUCACCUAGAGCUUGGUAUCACAAGCUGAGCACAACCUUGAAUGGAAGAGGGAGAAUGGUUGGAAAGCUGAAUUAUCUAACCAUUAGAAGACCAUACAUAUGCUUUGAUGUGGAUCAAGUCAGCCAACAUAUGCAAGCACCUAAAGUUCAUCAUUGGAAUAUGGUGGAAAGGACCAUGAGGUAUUUGAGAGAAGCUACGGGUCAAGGUGUAUGGAUGGGCUGCAACAAGAGCACACAAAUUGUGGGAUAUUACGAUGAAGACUGGACUGGUGAUAGAGUGGACAUAAGGUCUACAACAGACUAUUACACAUUCAUUGGAGGCAACUUAGUAACUUGGAAGAGCAAGAAGCAAAAGGUGAUAUCAUGUUCAAGUGCUGAAGCAGAGUAUAGGGCAAUGAGGAAGCUCACUAGUGAACUCAUUUGA